AUGCGUUCGAUCAUCUCCUUGGCGCUGUGCCUGGGUGCCGCCGCAGCUUCCGAAUUUAAGACACGCACUGUCUACCAAUUCGCCUCUAACGAUACCUGGUUAGAGAACCUAGCCACACGAUCCAAUGGCAUCAUCCUAGCAACCGAGAUCGGCCCCCCAGCCAAUCUCCUGGCCUUUGAUCCCCGCGAGAAGCACCCCAAGAAGAAGGUUAUCAAGGACUUCACCUCAGUGCUGGGCCUUUCCGGUAUCACCGAGGGAGCUCACGAUGUCUUCUACGUUGCCGUCGAUUUCAACAAGGACAGCGAGCACCCUCAGAUCAAGCUGCUGUGUCGCCCAACCGCACCUACCGGGUUCAACGGUCUGACCACCUUCAAUGAGACCAUUCUGCUCGCUAGCGCCUCCUACCAAGAUUCUAUCUUCGCCAUCGAUACCCAGACCGGUCGUACCUGGGAAGCUAUUACGCAGACGAGCCUGAUGUCUUCUAUCAACGGUAUCAAGGUCUCCAAUGGCUUUGUCUACUGGACUGCUAACAGUGCUUUGUACCGCGCUGAGCUUUACCCUAAUGUUACUGCUGGUACUGGUCAGCUUAUUUUCCAGGGUAGCGCGUUUGAUGAUUUCGCUAUCUCUCCUGAUGGAUUCGCUUUGAACUCAACUUAUGGAUCGGACUAUAAGUUUGCGUACCUUGCUACAGCCGCUGAAAACACUAUUGAGCAGGUUAUCUUUACUCGCAAUGGCACUGCUGUUGGUCAUGAGAUUAUUGCUGGUGCUGAGGACUCGACUGAGGUUGCUGAGCCUACUGGUGCUUUCUUUGGACGGGGUGAGGGCCAGCUGAAUAAGCUCUAUGUUACUACUGGUGGUGCCAGUGCUGUUAACAUUGAUACUAAUGGUACCGAUGUUGCGGUUGGUGCGCAGCUAUUGGAGAUUCAGUUGAACUAA